AUGACGGACUUUGACAAAGGAACUACUUUGAUGGAAAUUGGUGAGCAUUGCCAAAUAUGCAACCAAAUUGAUUUUCUUCCCUUCAAAUGCCCCUAUAAUUGUGGGUUAGUUUACUGUGAGCAACACAGAUCCCACUUGAAUGAACACAACUGUCCAAAGAAACCCCAGAAAUCUAAUCAGUCCAGACUACAAGAGCAUAGACAAGUCCAAUCAUCGAAGAGCUUGUUCCCAGAAAGGCCGAAAGGUUACAUUCUAGAACCCCCAUCACAGAAGCUUACACCCUCAUCACAGUCCUCCUCCAAAAGCACAUCAUCGUUAUCCGACCCUGCAAAACAGGCGUUGGCAAGAUUGAAGAAAUUUAUUUCGUCUUCACGGGCCACUACCAAGAAAUCCAGCGUUUUCAGUUUGAAACCCAAAAAGAAAUCGUCCACUUCGUCAAGCCCGUCUGCAUCUCAAAAAAUUAUUCAGUUGGCCAAGUUGAAAGCAGAGGCUAAGGGAGACCCCAAAAUCUCCCUUUCGGAAAGAGUUCAUUACUAUGUACAAUACGUCUCAGAAGACAACCUCCCCAGCGAGAACAACCAGAAAUGCUACUACGUUUCCAGAAGUUGGCCCGUUGGUAGAUUACUAGACUAUACGGCCAAAGAAAUGAAGAUCAAAAACGAAAAUAACAAGACUACAGACGAACUCAAAAGGCUGACCAUUUUCAGGGACCCCAGAUCAGGGGAGCAAAGUUCAGACGAUUUUAUAUUUGUUCCCGCUAAUGGUAGAGUGAGUCAAGAGAUAAAAGACGCAGACCAUUUGUAUUUAGUGCGUGGAACUGCAUUGUAA